CUUCCUCAUUCGCCGUGCUGCUCCGUGCCGUAGUGGCGGCGGCCCCGAGGGUGGAGACGGAUCCCGGGCCUGCAGCCUCGUUGAGGAGGAUUUGAUGAGAAACGUUUUUUUUGCGCCUUUGAAUGCGGGAUGUGACGGUGGAAGCAACUAAAGACGAAGAAGUUGUUGCUGCGGGAAACUUUGGAGGUAAAUGCAAGUCAAGAGCAAGUUUGUGCAACCCUGAACAAACGAUCUAGUUUCGAAUUCCCCAUUCAGACCCUGACCUGUGCCCCCCUUUUCCCUCACCAUGGCUCACCGGUCUCAGAGUUCCUCGAUUGGAGACAACCCCCUUGACCCAAACUACCUGCCCCCACACUACAAGGAGGAGUAUCGUCUUGCCAUUGAUGCACUGAUAGAAAGUGAUAUACCGGGCUACUAUGAGUUCCUCCAGAACGCAGACGUGGUCAGCUUCCUGGCACAAACCGAAAUUGAGCACAUCAAGUCCACCAUCCAGGGGCCCACCCAUGCCCACAGCGUCCCUGAUCUGACAUUCCCAGAGGUGGGCCACAAUGUAGAGGGAUCCUCCGACACCUACUGGCCCAUGCAGUCCGACAUGGCUGCCCCCGGCCUGGACCUGGGCUGGCCGCUCACCCAGCACAGCUUCAUUGGACCCACGGAGGUCACUACUCUAGUCAACCCCUCAGAACCAGACAUGCCUAGCAUCAAGGAGCAGGCCAGGAGACUCAUUAAGAACGCCCGCCAAGUUAUUGCUGUGGUGAUGGACAUGUUUACAGAUGUUGACAUAUUUGCGGACCUCCUGGAUGCAGCGGCACGCCAUGUUCCUGUUUACAUUCUUUUGGAUGAGCAGGAAGCCCAUAACUUUGUCUCCAUGGUGAUCAAUUGUAAGGUCAACCUGGACUUAAUCCAUAUGAUGCGUGUCAGGACUGUAGCAGGAACCACAUAUCAUUCCCGGACAGGAAAGUCAUUUAAGGGACAGAUGAAAGAUCGCUUUCUGUUGGCUGACUGCAGGGCUGUACUUAGUGGUAACUACAGCUUCAUGUGGUCGUACGAGAAGAUUCAUCGCUGUAUUGCUCACCUUUUCCUCGGAGAGCUGGUUGCCACGUUUGAUGAAGAGUUCCGCAUUCUCUAUGCUCAGUCAGAGCCUCUCGUCAUCGACCCAUCGGACGGAACGCUCGCCAUUCCUGACACUGGAAGUUACUUAAACAGACAGAUGGGUUUUAAAAGGACCCAGUCAUUACGGAAUCCCCUGGGUUUCCGAAGGCAACCCGACAUUUCCUCCGGUUUCCCGUACGGAGACCAGGACCGCAACAUUGCACUUCCUUUCCGGAGAAAUGACCCAUUUCGUCACACGAUUGAACCUGGCACGGGAAUCACCAUUGGGAAGUAUUCCCAGCAACAGUUUCGCUUGCAGCCAUCAUAUUUGGAUCAAGGAAGGUCGAUAGUGUCCCGGCAGAUGGAGAUGAGUGGCUUCAAGAGGCACAGCUAUGCAGAAGGAACCCAAGAGACCUACAUGUCCUCCAGGCACUACAUGAAGCACAGAGUCAUGAAUAAUCUCGAUGAGACAGACUUCCACAGGGAACAGAAACUCCAUUUCUACAAUGAGGGGUCUGGACCAGGGUCUGGCCACGGACAGUAUGAUAGACUACGUCCUCCACAUCUAGGCAUUGACCAGUACUCCGACUCCAGUUCAUUCCGCUCAGAUCAAGAGCCAAACUAUGGAAACUACGGCAGAAGUUAUGUAAAUCUUUCAUCAGAGGAUUUAAGUGGACCGGAAGGGUUUCAGGCACCUCCAAUAGCUGGAAGGUAUGGAGGAAGUUCUGCCUUGAAGAGGCCAACCAUAGGACAGGCAUAUGCUUGUCAGAGCUCACCCACACAGCCUCACCCACCAGAGAAGAAACCAUUUCCAAAACAAUCCGAACAGGAGCACGGUCAAGACGCAAGUGUUCGGCAUGGUUUAAGGAACUGGAGGAUCCACUCGUAUCUUAGUACAUAUGAGGACGGUGGAGAAGAGGGUCUGAAUCAACCCAUGGGGCCUGACGCAUUUGAAGAGCCCCUACCUUCUCAAGAGCAAGAAAUUUCAGAGACCCGCUUUGGAAUUAAACAACCACCAAAUGUUGCUCCUAAGCCCAGAGCAGAUAUCCAAAGACCACGCUUUGGAAAGCCAAUUAAACCUGACAACACUGACAAGAACUCAACCACACGGGAUGUAAUCCCUUCAGCCAGCGACAUAAAGUCUGUCUCUCUGGAUAGAAAUGAUGAAGAUGAGAGGGGAAUUGGAAAGGAGGACAGCAGUGAAAAAGAGGCGCCAGAUCGCUUCCUGACAAAACACGACUCCUUCCGUUCACGGAUAAACCCGGUCCUUCAGCGCAGCUCCCGUCUACGUUCCUCGCUCAUAUUCUCAUCGUCGAAAGCGGAGAUACACAGUGGAAGCACUGGCCUAAGACCAGCCACAGAGGAAGAUGACAAUUUGGACACUGGGCGCACUUCCUCCAUCGUAGCCCAGAUCCUGGAGAAGAGGAGGUCAUUAUCUCGAGAACCUUUUGAGUGGAGAAAGACAGCCGAAGAGCAGAGUAAAGAGAAAGAAAAAGAGAAAGAAGAGAAAAGUGGGGAUACAAAUCAGCAACAGGAGAGGGAGACAAGAUUGACAAAUAUAACAGAGGCAAAAGAUGAAUACCAGAAACCUCAGGAACAUGUCAAAUCAAAUCAAACUACUGAGACCUCUAACGAUGUCACAUCAAUGUCUCUCAAUGUCCAUGACCCUGCCAGUCGACUGCAGUAUUUCAAAGACGUGGCUGCUAAGAGAAAAGCAUCAAAAAUGGAGACUGAGUCAACGCUAAAUGUCCCAGCUGAGAAAAAGGCAGACUUGUCAGACAAAGCUCCCCAAAACACAACAGCGAGCGCAACAACCACAUCUGCCGCUGUUGCUUCAACAGAAUCCGAGACAAAGAAACCAGACGUCUCGGCAAAGCUUGCUGACCUCAAUCGGCGAUCUUCAUUUACAUCCACAAAAGCUUCUCUAAUCUCUCCAAAGCCUUUUGUGAGCACCGUGAAGCCUUCUGAAACUCACAAGGAGGACAAUCCAUCAGAUAGUCAAAAGAAAGAUAUAUUUAAGUCAUUGAAGCCCCUUCCAUCCCCAAAGAUCUUCAAGAGGGACCAGCUCAAGCUCAAAGGACUCAAUCCUCGGAGGAUAUCUUGUGGUGAGGAGCUCCUAACAGAUGCUACAGACACAGAGAAGAGCGAGAUGAAGAAGAGUCGCUCUCAUAGUUCCUCCACUCUGCCUCGUGACGAAUCAAAGGAAGCUCAGCAGAAGGGAUCCAAUACCUCCAUCAACACGCUUGGGAGCGGUGAGGGAAAGGGCGAUGGUAAAGCGCUUGACUUCCUGAAGAAACAGACUCAGAGGCUGAAGGGAUUGAUAGGAACCAAGGAUAAGGAGAAGAAAUCUUCGGGCGAGGAUCGCAGCAUGGGCACAGUGAAAGAAAUGGUUGAAGAUUACAGCAAAAAGCAGAGUUCAUCCGCUAAGGACACGGGUUCUUCUGCUGCUGAUCAUAUGACUGCCAAUCAUCGGACAUCAGCCGGCACAGCCGGCUCACGCUACCUGCCGCCCAGUAACUCGGUCCUGUUCAGCAGCAACCUUCGCGACGACACCAAGGUCAUCCUGGAGCAGAUCUCAGCCAACAGUCAGAAGAACCGGCUCGAGCGGGAUGACGCAGGAGACGGAGACCGCGAUGCCAAGGGUGUCGACAGUGAAUUUGCUGUCAAAAAGAACCGCUUCCUGCGACCCCAAGUCGGCGGCCAGGAGAGGGAGGGGCUGCUGAAGAGGAUAGAGAGCCUGAGGAAGGAGAAGAAGGUCUACAGCCGCUUUGAGAUGGGGAAUACCCUGGGAUAGCGCCAAAGACGGACGAGUGACCGUUGAUGUGGAAUCUUAAUAAACGAUCAAAUAGGCGCACUGUGCCAACGACACUCCAAGUCCGCUCUGUGUAUUUCUCUCCCUGCUGGAUUUCUACGCCGGAAGUAAGCUUGAAACUUUACAUGGAAAAAUGCAACAACAACAAAAAAAAUCAAUCGGUGCGGAAUGUGACUGUUUGCCAAGCAGUGGUCCAGACUUUUACCAUAUAAGGUGACUGAAGCAAAAGGACAGGCAAAUGUGACACCAAAAAGAAAGGGGGGGGGCUUGACCCUUACUUGUGUGGACACGACUGAAAGACAAAGAAAGUAAGACCUUGCACCUGAAUGAAUUCAAAUACACAUGCCAUGAAAUAAACCUACCUGUAUUCCUGUAGCACCCGUGCUUUCUGUUGACAUCAUUUUGGUGUGUUUUUCCUUUUUGUUUUUUGUUUUUUACAAUUUACUGUGCCAAUCCAGAAAACUAACAUGACAAUAUGAAGUGAUACCACAAACAUGCUAUCACACGCAUGCUAGGCUACAUUCACUUGUCGCUCUUGCUUCGGAUAAAAGGAACUCUGGUGCAUUUGCUCUGCUGGCAUGGUUCCUUUGGUCAAGUGUGAACACCACCAUCCCAACCAUGGUAUACAGCAAACAAGCAGACCCAGACCGCUUCAGAGAUACUGUAGGUCUCGGUCCGCUUGCAAGUGGCCCAAAGACUAACAAAUAUGGAAGAGAAAAUUUGUUGGCAGUGUUGUCAUUUUGCUCUGCUCUCUCCCUCUGUGUGUGUGUGCGACAAUGGUGCUCUUUAAAAGAAUAUUUGACAAAAGUUUAGUCGAUAUAACCGGAUAUAUUCAGGAUACGUAUUCAAGCCAGCAGAGGCAUUUGAUGCAGAAUAUUCCACUAACACGUCAGGAAAACUCUUGUACCAGCUUUUAUUAAAUUUAAGCUGGUAAAUAUAUCAGAAUAUAAAAAUUACUUAUUUAUUCCACCCAGGAGAUGGCAUUUGGAAUGUUUGAGUCAUGUCACCUAAUAUGUCAGGAAAACUCUUUAAAAGUAUAUUUUACAAGCUUUUAAUGAAAUCCAAGCUGGUCAAAUGACAGGAUAUAAAAAAACAGCCUAUGUAUUCAAGCCAGCAGAGGGCAUUUUGGUGGGAGAUAUUUGAGUUAAGUCACCUAAUACGUCAGGAAAAGCUUUUUAUUAAAUCUAAGCUGGUAAAUAUCCAUCCAUCCUCUACCGCUUAUCUGAGAUCGGGUCACGGAGGCAGCAGCCUAAGCAGGGAGGCCCAGAUUUUCCUCUCCCCGGCCACUACGUCCAGCUCCCCGAGGUGUUCCCAGGCCAGUUGGGCGACAUAGUCUCUCUAACGUGUCCUGGGUCUUCCCCGAGGCCUCCUACCAGUCGGACUUGCCCUCCCCAGGGAGGCGUCCGGGAGGCAUCCUGACCAGAUGCCCAAGCCACCUCAUCUGGCUCCUCUCAAUGUGGAGCAGUAGAGGUUCUACUCCGAGUCUCUCCCGGAUGACAGCGCUUCUCACCCUAUCUCUAAGGGAGAGCCCAACCCUACGGAGAAAACUCAUUUCGGCCGCAUCAUGUACCCGCGAUCUUGUCCUUUCGGUCACAACCCAAAGCUCAUGACCAUAGGUGAGGGUAGGAACGGAGAUCGACCGGUAAAUUAAGAGCUUUGCCUUUCGGUUCAGCUCUCUCUUCACCACAACAGAUCGAUGUAGAGUCUGUAUCACUGCAGAUGCCGUACCAAUUCGCUUAUCGAUCUCGCGUUGCAGCUGGUAAAUAUAUCAGAAUAUAAAUAUAACCCCAGUAGAGGGCAUUUGGUUUGGAAUGUUUGAGUUAUGUCACCAAAUAUGUGAGGACAACUCUUUAAAAGUAUAUUUUAAAAGCCUUUAAAGAAAUCCAAGCUGGUCAGUAUAACAGAAUAUAAAAAUAGCCUUCAUAUUCAAGCCAGCAGAUGACAUUUGGUGUAGGAUAUUUGACUUACAUCACCUAAUGUGUGACGAGAACUUUUUAAAGAUAAAAUAUUAAAGAUAAAAAUAACCUAUGUAUUCCACCCAAGAGACGGAAUGUUUGAGUUACAGUAUGUCACCUAAUAGAUAUGUCAGGAAAACUCUUUAAAAUUAUAUUUUCCAAUUUUUUUAAUGAAAUCUAAUAAAAAAAACAGAUUUAUUCAUAUAUAAGCCGCAAAUGUCCACGGCAUGAAAUGGCAUAUUGUGGCACGCACAAGCCCGUGAAGACAAGGUAGCUCUUUAUUUGACAGGAGCAAAUCAUGAGCUUUGAAAAAACUCAUGACUAGCUUGUCAACCCAUUGGAAAUGGCAGUACCAAUCCCAACAUGAGUUUAAAACUAUUUUAACUUUUUCCCAUAAUGCAUUUAGUCCUAGAAAAGUAUUUCAUUGGUUAUUCCUUCUGGGGCGCUGCAAUGAUGUCAGCCUCCCUCUAGGCUCCUUUGGUUCCCACUGGUGGACAGAGGGAACGAUUCCAAUUAGUGGAGGUUAAAAGCCCAGCGUCGUCACAGCUACGGUGCUGGUUCAUCAUGUCAUUGCUCCUCGCCUGUGCUGUUACAUGAACUAUUGACGAACAUGUUACCUUUGCCACUUCCUCUUUGUUACAGAGCCUUUUUCUCGGUCACUUUUUGUUUUGUUAUCCUGUACUACUGUGAGUACUGUUUUUUUGUUUAAAAAAUAUUUUAUGUGCACACUUCAGCCUCUGUGUCUGCAUACCGGGUGUCAAGCACUCGACAGCUCCGCGUUUCAUGACACUAAUAACAAUAUUGAGACACUACAUUAGUGACAAGGUAUUUUAUACUAUUUCACAAAUGAUCAAACCACAUACUGAAUUGCUAGGAAAACGAACACACUUAGUGGGGAAAAAAAUGGGGGAAAAUAAGCUCAGAUGUUUCCCAAAUAAAUGAGCAGAAAAUGUGCAGUUGAGCUUCUGCAAGGGUGAUGGGAUGAGCGCUCGUGUCUUGCAGAAACGUACAAAUACUUACGAAUACAAGUACAGUAAGUGUGCUGUGCUUUCACUGCUUCUGCUGCGAGUCUUUCUGAACACCAAACAACAAAGCAUGUCGUAUGAACUCAUAAGAAUAGCAUGGAUGGCGGAGGAUGCGUUAGGCUAGCAAACUUACAAUGAUGGAGUACAGCUUCUUGUGCUGCUCCAUCAGCUGAUGAAGAUGAUUCUCAAACUUCACGCUGCAGAAACAUGACAUGCAGACAAAAGCAAUGUCAUUUACGUGCUUCUGCCGAGUUCACUCUAGCUGGUUUCUCAGAUAAAUCAUUGCCUUGCUGUGCGUGAUGGGUUGUUCGCGAACGAUUCGGCUCUUUUAUGACUGCAGCCUCAAAGAGCCGUCGUUUUUUUUUCUCGUCAUUUUUUCCACACAACAACCCUGCUUUUAUAUUUCUUCAUCAGGGUGGAGAGCAAGCGCAACUCUUGUCAACUAUUUAGCUUGUUAGCUUCCCGUUUCAAGUCCAAGAUGUCGAAUUAAAGGCGAAAGGGGAGUGUUUGUGGUGUCUCGUGUGCUGCGAUACUGCCCUCUCCUGUGUUUCUGUUGCAGUACACGCUCUACACCACCAUAAUGGGCAGAUGAGCAACACCAGGGACUAAUGGGCAACGGCAUCACUUAAGAAGCAAGCACACCUUCCGCCGUUGCCAGAUGGUUGCCCUUCGCUUCCCGACUCAGGCUCCAUUUGCUCAGCAGUUACCCUCUGUCUGCUAGUCAUUCUGCCUACCUUUAUUCCUUGUUACCUGCCCGGCCACUCCGGCAGCGUUAGCGAUUUUCUGUGCCUUCCUGCUUUGAGUAUUCAGCAGUGCCUUUUGUUUAUCGUCCUACCCUUUUGGUAGCUCUUUCUGUUUCUACCCUUUUUUCCGUGUAGUAUCCGGGUCUCCUUUUGUUGCUACUUCUUUAGUUGUCUUUUUGCAUCUUUGUUGUACUUUUGCUUUUGUU